AUGCGGACUCGAACGGCCUUGAACGCCGCAGUUUUGGCGGGCACUGUCUCGGCCAUUAACCUGAACAUCGACAAUGAACAAUCCAUUAAAAAUGCCGCUGCCACGGCCGCCUUCAACACCUUGGUUAAUUAUACCGGUAACCAAACGGGACAAAUUCCAGGCUAUAUUCGAGGUGGCUGGUGGGAAGGCGGCGCUCUGUUCCAGACGAUGAUCCAGUACUGGUACUUCACUGGCGACACCUCGAAUAACGCCGCUGUCAGCCAGAGCAUGUACUGGCAGCGUGGGAGCGGCGACGAUUUUAUGCCGGCCAACUGGAGCUCAUUCCUUACGAACUCGGAUCAGAUGGCGUGGGGCCUAGCUGCUAUGACCGCUGCCGAGCUUGGCUAUCCUCAGGAAUCUUCAAUGCCUUCAUGGGUCAGUCUGGCUGAAGACUGCGGAGGACUCUUGCAGCUGGCUGCGCGUCUGGCUCGGUUUGAGAAGAAUGACCAUUACUAUCUUGGCUGGGCCGAGAAAGUUUGGGAGUGGAGCGAGCAAGUCUCGCUUGUCGACACGAAGAGUGGGAAGAUUGCGGACAUGAUAUCCACGGCGAAUGAUUGUAAAACAGUCAGUGAUCUCCAGUGGACUUACACCUAUGGCCUGUAUCUCGGAGGAGCAGCGUACAUGUACAAUGUGACCGGAAAACAAACAUGGAAGACAAAUCUUGAUGGUCUGUUGCAAACUACUUUCGACACCUUCUUCCCAAAGGCUUAUGGAGGGAAUAUUAUGUCCGAGACUGCCUGUGAGCUAGAGGAUACCUGCAAUUCCUCGGAGGAUAUCUAUAAGGGACUCCUCGCGUCUGACCUUCUGUUCGUGAGCAUUGUGGCGCCAUAUAUCGCUGACAACAUCACUUCGCGCCUGCGGGGGUCCGCUGUUGCGGCGGCGAAAUCAUGCACCGGCGGUAAUAACAAUACCCUUUGUGGCCAGCGCUGGUACGAUUCAAAGUGGAAUGGAACUGCGACUAUGGGAGAUCAGAUGAGCGCUGUCAACAUCUUUACGGCAGCCCUGGCCUCCUACGUACAUGUUAAUGCGUCGAGCCCGAUUUCUGUCAAUGCGACGCGAUCAGCCUCGAGCAGCACUGCAGCCACCACCAAUACGAAUGGUGCCAUCGCCCUCGCACAUGGCAGUAUAAGCGUCUUGCCCCUUAUUGUGGCAGGUAUUAUUGCCGCUCUUCAAGGUGUUGUCUAG